UAAUGAGUUUCUUUAGAUCAGAGACUAUGGCAUAUUAUUAGAUAAUAGUACCUAAGGAAAGUGCAUGGAAUGUAUUUAAUGAGAUGGGAAAAUUGAGUAUGGUAGGGAAUGGAAUAUUUAUUUAAGGUCUAAGUUGUGGAUAUGUCACCAGAUGAGCCUCAUGUGAAUAGACCUUUUUAUCAAUACAUCAGAAGGGCAGAUGAAGUGAUUAGUAAAUUAAAUGUAUUCGAAGUUGAAAUGUUGAAGUACAAAAUAAAGAAUCUUAAAUGCUCUGAUUAUUAAUAAUUCUUAGAAAAAAUGUCUUAGUAUACUAAGGAUAUAAAUUAAAGUGAAGAUAAAUGGUUUGAUCUAAUUGAGAGUACUUUAGAUGAAAAAUAUUGUAAUUAUUUGUCUUUAUCUUAAAGCUCAAUUGAUAGAACAGAUUCAAAAUUUAGAGUAAAUCUGUGUUCGUAAAAACACUUUAUUUGAACAUAAGGCUGUUUUGAUAAAAUCAAAGGAAGUAUUAGGUCCAACAUAUUAUACAAAAGGAAGAAAUGUGGCUAUAAAUCCAUAAAUAGGUGGUGUACCAGAUCAAUAAAAAGUAGUACAACCACGUAUAAAUUAUAAGUUAUAAUCAUAAUAGUUUAUAAUCUAAAUUAUUUGGUUGGAGUAGUUGAUAGAUUAGAAGCUAAUCGUUUUAAAAGAAUGGUAUUUAGAGCCUCUAAAGGAAAUGCUUGGAUAGUAUUGUCUGAUAUAGAAUAUUCAAGAAUUGAUGCUUCUUUAGAAUCAGUGAAUUUAGAUUCUGAUAAGUCAGCUGCUAAGAACUUGGAAAAGUAAAGAACAGUGUUUCUGAUUGUAUAUACAGGAGGAGGAUAAGACUUUUUGAGAGCCAAACUGAAUAAAAUUUGUGAUUCAUUUAAUUGUGCCAAAUUUGUACUUCCAGAUGAUCCUUAAUUGUUAGUCUAAAAAACAUUAGAAUUGGAUCUUUCUUUGGAUGAAUGCGACAAUGUAUGAUGGCAUUUAACUUUUAGUUAUUAAGAUUGACGACUGUUAAAAUAAAGGAAUUGUUAUUAGAAUAUGCUUAGAUAUAACCAUAAUUGAAAAUAUCAUUGUUAGAAAUGAGUAAGUUAUUGAUGGUGAAAGAAAAAGCACUAUAUACAAAUCUAAAUUAUCUUUAUUAGAAAGAAAGAAUAUAUAUAGGGUUCUUUUGGGCACCAAAACAUGUAGAAGGGGAAUUACAUCAUAUGUUACAUUAAUUGAGUGUUUCUUAAAGCAAUACUUCAGUUGGAUAAAUUAUUGAAUUGGAACCACCUGAAAAAGUGCUUACACCCACUUAUUUUAAGAUUAAUGAAUUUAAUUAUGUAUUCCAAGAAAUUGUCAAUACUUAUGGUAUUCCAAGAUAUAAAGAAAUUAAUCCUGGAAUGUUUGCUGUUAUGUUUUUCCCUUUCAUGUUUGGUAUUAUGUUUGGAGAUAUUGGACAUGGAGGAGUACUAUUUAUUUUAGCCUUCCUAUUAGUAAAAAAUUCUGAUACAUUACGAAAACUUCCUGAUUUUGCUGGUUUAAUAUAGGUUAGAUAUCUAUUUUUAUUGAUGGGUAUAUGUGCACUCUAUUGUGGUAUUAUUUAUAAUGACUUUAUGUCUUUGACUUGGAAUAUAUUUGGAAGUUGUUUUGAAAAUGUACCUGAUUCUGAAGAAACUGUUUAUAUAAAAGGAUGUACUUAUCCAAUUGGAUUUGAUCCUAAAUGGUAUAUAGCAAGCAAUGAAUUGAACUUCUUUAAUUCAUUCAAGAUGAAGUUUGCUAUCAUUUAUGGUGUUUCUCAAAUGAUUUUUGGUAUUCUCUUAAAAGGAGUGAAUAACAUAUAUUUUAAAGAUUACUUAUCUUUUGUUUUUGAAUUUCUACCAUAAUUGAUAUUUAUGUGCAUUACUUUUGGUUAUAUGGCAAUAAUGAUUAUGUUGAAAUGGGGAUAGAGUUGGGAAGAUAGAACUGAUAAAGCUCCAUCAAUUAUCAAUUCAAUGAUCAAUAUCCCCUUAUAAGGAGGUUCUACAGAAGGAAAACCAUUAUUUGAUUUAGAGUCUUAAGAAUCCCUUUAAUAAUCUAUCUUAUUUUGGUCAUUCUUAUGUAUUCCAUGGAUGCUUAUACCAAAACCAAUAAUCGAAGUUUUUCAACAUUACAGUGGAAAAAAACAUGGCAAAAAACCUUCAAAGGCACUUGAACCUAAAGAUGAAAGCAAGGAAGCUUUAUUGCCUAUGUAAUAAGGUUAAAAAUCAAUUAAUUAAAGUGCAUUGGCUGAAGAAUUAAGAUUAUAAUUAAUUUAAAAAGAAAAAGAGAAGGAAUUAAAAAGAAAAUAAUUAGAAGAAUAAAGACUCAAAGAAUAAGCAGGAGAAGAUAUUCAACCAAAAGAUUAACCAUAAUAAAUAUUGCCAAAAUAAUAAGAAUAAAGUGGUGGACAUGGACAUGGACAUGAAGAAUUUGAUAUUGGAGAACUUGCUGUACAUUAAAUUAUUGAAACUAUUGAAUUUGUUCUUGGUUCUAUUAGUAAUACUGCAUCAUAUUUACGUUUAUGGGCAUUAUCUUUAGCACAUGGAUAAUUGGCUAAAGUAUUUUUUGAGAAAUGUAUUGGUGCUGGUAUUGUUGAUGGAAAUGUAAUUGUAUUAGUCAUAGGUUGGCCCAUAUUUUUACAUUGCACUAUUGGAGGUAUUAAUAUAUUUCUAUUAUAGUUUUAAUGUGUAUGGAUCUUAUGGAAUGUUUCUUACAUGCUUUAAGAUUGUAAUGGGUUGAAUUCUAAAGUAAAUUCUAUAAAGCUGAUGGUAUUAAAUUUAUGCCAUUUUCAUUCAAAGAAGUUUUAACAAAUCAACCUAAAGAUUAAUGAU